CGCCCCGCCCCGCCCGCCGGGGCCGCCCCGGAGCCGCGGUGAUGGGCGCUGGCGACGGAGGUGGAGCCGAGCGGGACAAGCGCUCCGCCCGCCGGGGCCGGGCCCAGCCGAGCCGGGAGCGGGGAGCCGAGGACAAAGGCUGGGGUGACGCCUGAAACACGCAGGCGUUUCGGUGCCAGAGUGGAGACAGCAGGGUGCUGGCCCCCACAGCCCACUGACACUGGCCCACCCCGGAUCCAGUGCUCCCACGGCCGCCACGGGCACCCAGGUGUCACUGAUGCUGGUGACCACCAGAGAGUGGAGCUAGAGGCAGAGUCCAGGGCACGGAGCCAUGAAGCUGAAUGAGCGGAGCCUGGCGUUUUAUGCCACCUGCGACUCCCCGGCUGACAAUGCCGGCUUCCUCUACAAGCGUGGCGAGCGGCACACGGCGUAUCAUCGCCGCUGGUUUGUGCUGAAGGGCAACAUGCUCUUCUACUUUGAGGAGCGGGAGAGCCGGGAACCAGUGGGUGUCAUCGUGCUGGAGGGUUGCACCGUGGAGCUCUGCGAUUCGGCUGAGGAAUUCACCUUUGCCAUUCGCUUUGGUGGGGCCAAGUCUCGCACCUACGUGCUGGCGGCCGAGAGCCAGGCUGCCAUGGAGUCGUGGGUGAAGUCACUCUCACGGGCCAGCUUCGACUACAUGCGCCUGGUGGUGCGGGAGCUGGAGAAGCAGCUGGAGGAGAUGCGCUGGGGACCGGCUGGUGGCUGCGGGGGCUGCCAGGGGUCGCUCAGCUCCUGGAAGCCAAAACCCUCGGGGUUGGAGCGGUCCCUGGAGCGGCUGCCAGCUCUGCCCACUGUCCUGCCGAAGGAGAACGGCUGUGCGGUUUGGAACAAUGUGUCAGAAGUGGACCGGCCACCCGACACCUCCGGCUGCAGCAGAUAUGACAGCGAGGGGAACCCGCGGCCACCACCGCUGCCACCGCGCAGGCGGACAUCGAGCAGCGAGGUGAACAUCACCGGGGCGGCCGUAGCCGAGAGCACAUCCACCUUCUGCCAGCUCCACGAGCGGUAUGGCCGGGAGGUGGCCCAGCUGCGGCAGGGCUGGCUGCAGAGGCGUGAUCCCCAGCUCUGAGGGGUAGCUGAGCUCCAGGGACCGCGCCAGCCUGUCCCAUCAGGACCUAUGGUGGAGAGGAGAUUGUCCUUGGUGCUGCCUCGGUCCCCUCCUCACCCCGGGAUGUGCAGCCCUGUCCGUGGUGGUGAUGGACACCUGUUGAUGGUACUGCCAAGGGACACCAGUGCUGCUCCGUGAUGGUGAAAUGCUAGCCUGACACUGAUGGCAUCUUGCACCAGGCAGCGGGUGCUCCCCUCCAGGGGUGGAUGCAGGGUGCUCCACCCAGCACAAACAAGCUACAAAACACUCACUGGCUGAUGCCUCCUGGGAAUCAACCACUGCACUGGGGCUGAUGGGCCUCUUGAUGCUCCUUCAGCAGGGUCAUGGACCGACAAAGCUUUUGGAGGAGGAUUUUGAGGGGAUCUCUCUUGUCUGAGCCCCUGUUUGGGUGUUUUGCAGCCGGGGAGCCUGUUACUGCCUUCCCCUCCCUGUCCGUGACAAGUGCGUGGCUGAGGUCAGCCGAGCUCCGCCAGAUCCCUCUGCUCCAGCAGGAUGUGGUUUGAAAAUGACAAUAUCAGCGAGCGCAGCCCUUCCUUCAUGGCAGCAGCACCGCAGGCCACAGCCACCCGGGGAGCUGGUGACGUCCAGCCCCAGGCAUUUUGCUGCUUGCAGCCCGGCCAGUGAGUGCACGGUGGGGACAGACCCUGAGGGGACCAUGGUGGCUGCAGGUACCACCUUGCUAGGUAGAUAUUAUGGGGCAGGGUAUCACCCCCCAGCCAGCUCACUAAGGGGAAGCAUUGCUCACGGUGGUGAAAAGAACCUAUGUGUCAGCAGCAGAGGGUGUCGAGUGAUUCAUGUGCCAAAACAGAGUGAAGCUGGUAUCUUGUGCUGGUGUUUCUCUUUAUUUCCCCAAUGGGCUGCUAGCCCAGAGCUGGGGUCACCCACCCUGGGUUUGGGGGGAGCGGUUGGGGGUGCCCCAGAUUUGGGCCGGGUGGCUCUGUCUCCCUUUGACCACUUGGGACAGGCACAAGAUUUUUCUACAGUAAUAGUUGUUUCAGAAAUGCCCUCCAGCCCCAGUUCUCCUUUGUGCCUUCAAGUCCCUGGGGAGGAGGGCCCAGGUGGGAAUUAAUCCUCCAUUUUAAUCCCCCUCCUGCACCACCACAUCUGUGGGGCUGGGCAGGCACUGUGUCACCUGAGUGGGACAUGGCCAGUGUCAAGGUCUUGCAGUGCCCUGGAGCCCCGCAUCUACCUGCAGGGAUGGGAUGGUGCAGGAAGGUGCCACUCUGGGGACACUGGGACAUGCAGUGCCAGGGUGGUCCCACAGCAGGCACAGCAUGGUCCUGCCCUCCAUAAUCACUGAAACAACUGGGCACAGGUGACAGUGAGAGUGUCAGGAGGAUGGAUCCAGGCUCUUCUCUGUGACAACCAAUGAUAAGACAAGGGGCAAUGGAUAAACUGGAACACAGGAGGUUCCAUUUAAAUUUGAGAAGAAACUCUUCACGGUGAGGGUGACAGAACACUGGAACAGGCUGCAGGGAGGUUGUGGAGUCUCCUUCUCUGCAGACAUUCCAACCCACCUGGACACCUUCCUGUGUAACCUCAUCUGGGUGUUCCUGCUCCGGCAGGGGGAUUGCACUGGAUGAGCUUUCGAGGUCCCUUCCAAUCCCCAACAUUCUGUGAUUCUGUGGUUCUGACCAGCAUGGGGGUUUGGGCAUUGGAAAAGCCACCCUGAGAAAGAGCUGGGAGACGGACUGGAAGCCGAGCCCUCCCACCGUUUCACCAGCGGAAGCAACACCAGGUCUCCUACUGUGAGUUGCUGUAGCAUUACAGGCUUGGUGGGGUGUUACACCCAUCCCUCCAAACCCUGGGAUACAGGCAGCACCAUGUGGUGUCACCCAGGUUUGGGUGCUCCUGGUCAGUGACCCUGCACCCUUGGUGGGAUGUCCCCAGUCCUCUGCCACAGGGUCUUAGAUAGGGACAAAAUAUCUGUCUCCUCACCAGGGCUGGUGUCUGCUCCACAGGGACCGGGGAGCCUGCUCUCACCUAAGUGGCCAACAUGACCCUAUGGCCCUGCCCAACAUCCCAACUGUAUGAACAUCUCCAGUGUCUUGCUAAUAUGGGGUCUUACAGUGGGUUCAGGGGGAGAUGCCUCUCGGGGAAGCUGAGGCAUGAAGCUAGCCAGGGUCACUCACCUGCUGAAGAGUGCAGAGCCCUGCUCCUGGCUGGGCAUGGCACCCCGGGACAUGUUUUGGUGCUUGGAGCAGUGCCGCUGAGGGUAGCUAGGGUGAAGUUAGACCCACCGCAUCCAGAUGGUGAACCCGGCCCUGUUGGUUGGCUGCAAAAGAUGACUCCACUUUCCAUGGAAGCCAGCCCAGCUUCUCCAGACAUUCACAUAUUCAUUAAAAAUAAAUCCUUCCCAACAUGUUAGCCGACAAACAAACUUAAACAGAUACGCAACAUAUGGAUUUAUUAAUUCAUCAAAAACACCCCUGCCUUGUGUGGGAAGCUGGGAGCUCUCCUGGUGAUGGUUGGUGCUGCCCAAGAGCUGUGCUGGGGUGCAGUGCCACAGGGUGAUGCUGAGCUGAACCUCGCGCCAGAGGAUGCUGAGCCACCCCAGGGGCAAGAGCAAACCUGCACCAAGCCUGAGCACAGGACUUCCAUGGAGCAGGAUUGCACCCUGACCUGGACUAACCUCAUUUAACACCCUCUUUUUGUCCCAUAAGAUGUUAAUGGCAGUGAGAGCUUUUGCCAUAAACCCAAAGCAAGGCUGUGACUUUGAAAGGUGCCAAGAUCAACCCAGGCACCUCCAGACAAAACACACCCCAAGGCCAAAGUCGUAUCCAACUUCUGUAUUUAGUGGCUCUUUUACAGAACUGGUUCCUUCCAAAAUGGUUAAACAAAGUUCAUCGAUCUCAUAGAAACUUCUGAAGUACAGUACAUGAGCCUAACAAAAACGUGACCGGUAUGUCCCGCUAGCUUUAAUACAACAGGAUUGCCAUCUUCCAGACUAUUCUAAGUGCUUCCUCGAAUCCCGUUCCACUAAAGCUCCCGCUAGCACACGACGGAGAAGAGCAAGUCAAUGGUCACACCUUGACCUUCUGCAGCACAGAGAUAGAGAAAAAAGUGGCCACGGGCAAGCUGGGGCUGGGCAGGUGGGCAAGAAGAGCUGUGCCUUCACAGAGCUGCUUUUAGCAUCGCUCAUCAACUAUCACCCGAAUAUAAAAAUACCUUCUAUUCUGAUAAAAAUGUAGACAGUGGAAAAAUCAGUCAAUGCAUAGACUGGAGGCCUGACAGGGGACCCUCCCGGUGACGGUUGUGGUGGGUGAUGGCUGAUGCUGUGUGGGCAGGGGACAGAGCAGCCCAGCACCGUCCACCCCACAGUGGUUAAAGGCAUUUUGUUAGCAGGGGGUGGCUGGUGACAGUGGGGACAGGGAUGGAGCCACCGCCGAGCUCCUGCACCUUUGCAUGGGCUUGGCCCUGGCAAGCCAAAGCCUGAUGGUGCUUUGCCCAAUUCAGGCCUGAGUUUGCCCAGUUUGGACAGAAGCCCGGUGUGUCACCUCGGGGCUUCAUCCCGGCUUCACUGGGGACACAGCUGCAGUGAAGGGAUGCUCCUCCUGCCCAGCUGUUCUGCCUAAAAACAAAGUGCUUCAUCCGCAGAGCUGGCUGUGAGGCUGAGAGCAGCCCCAAGCAGGGGGCUCACGAUUUUUGGCUGCUCGUCCCCAAGCGCCACUGCCCCAGGAGCAAAGCUUGGAGGCUCCAUCUCUUUUUCUUUCCCAAAUGGGUGAUGGCUGAGCAUGGGGAACCAGGAUCUCGUGGAUGUCCAUCCCCAAGCAAACCAGAGCCGUCCCCAACCGUAACACCCACGUACCUCAUCCCAUCUCGCUCCCGCAAUGGCAGAACCAGGUCACUUCCUUUGCUUUUGCAUUAUUUUUUCUCUUCCUCUGGAACUGGUAGGAGCCACACUGUGCCGUACCGGGGCUGCCACCAGUUGCCGGCUGGAGGAAGCGUGAGGGACAGCUUUCGGACCAUGCUACAUCUCAUUCCAGAAGGCUAUUGCAGACAUUUCUACAACAUAUACAAACCGCACGGGACAUUCUGUGUUACAAAGGUUUCAAAAAACAUAAACCACCAGAACUAAAUACAUACUCGAUGGCAUCAAGUUUUUCACUUUAGAGUCUUCAGGGACUAUGACGCAGUCUCUGGCUGGGGCAGAAGCGAUGCGAUGUCUUACAGACAGAGGUGGAAACCGCUUGGCAAAAGUUUAUUAAAUUGGGUCAGUCUCAGUGCUUCUUGAUGGCUUUGCUCAAUAAGUCCUUUCUGUGGGUUUUGUUUGUUUUGGUUUUCUUUUAAUCUCAUCCAGUGGCAAACUACAAGACGUCAGUGUACAUUUAAUGACACAACUGCUACAUCAUCUUGAUUUUAUAGCUAUCUUUAAUAUCAAAGCAGCUUAAGCUGUUAAUAAAUUCCAAAGUAUCCUUUUAUUAAAAUAUCUAAAA